AUGUUGCAGGCUUUUAUCAUAAAAUGCUCAAUAUUCCUCUUGUUAUUUUCAAGUCCCGGACAGUGCUCAGAAUUCGGAGUGACGCUCGGAGAUGCUGCGAUUUCUCAACUGAUCCGGCACACAGCAUCACAGUUUCUCGAGGAGACACGAGUCGCUAAUAUUCUUCUCAAAUCAAACGAAGAACCAUCAUUCGGCUCGUUGGCUCAUUUGAAACUCUUCAAUACAGUAUCUUAUCGAAAUGUUUCUGUUCAAUUCCGACCGAAAGUUGUCCAUGUAUUCUUUGAAAAUCUCAAUAUCACAUCUCAUGCAAAUCUUUCUGAUGUGAUCUGGCCCAUUCCAUUCGCUGAUUCACUCGUUGAUUCACAUGUGAAAGUGCCACGUGGACAUUUGAGAUUCAUCGUGGACGAUCAGAAAGUUACGCUCUCGAAAUGUGCAUUGUUCAAUCCGGAUAUCGCAUUUCGAUUGAGAGAUUCGUGGUUGGUUAACAAGGGAAUAUCUACAUUCGGUUCGAUGGUUUCAUCGUUUUUCGAAGGAGCUCUCUGCUCAGCACUUUCCUCGUCGACAAACGAUUUACGACACAGAACUGAACGGAAAUUUCCGAUUUAUGAGUUCUUACCGAAGAAAGUGCAAGAUCAUAUGGCUGCGAGAAAUACCACUCUGUUUUAUAGAGUGAAUUCAAUUGAUGCAGAUGACCAUCAGCUAACUGUCCGUGCUCAAAUUGAAUGGCAGAAAUUGGUGCCGGCGGCCAACGAUGAAACAUCGAAUCUUCUUAAUGGUCAGGAAGAGCACAGUAAUGCGACGAAACUUUUGGAUAUGGAGAUGAAAAAUGGAGACUUAGUUACAAUUUGGUUAGAAGAUGCGAUUUUGAAUGAGAUUUUGGAUCAAAUCGAUUGGAAUUUUGAAUGGAUGGACGAGCAAAUUCCAGUUUCAAGUCCCAUCAUUCCACCAGAUUCCAGAGAAUUCCUCUCCACACUUUGUACUGAAUGCUACUUCCAAGUCAAUGUGAAUGCAAAAGGAAGGCCUACCAUUUCAGCAACAAAUUCAUCGUUACAGCUGACAAAAACCGACCGCAUUCAUCUUCAAGUCGUGAACCCGGAACAAAAGAAAACAACGGUCUUCGUCUCAUUGGUACUCACAAUUCAAGCAGAACUCCGUCCAUCAUUCGAUAAUGGAACUCUUCGAACGAAUGUUGAACUGCUCGAUACACUUAUUGAAAUGGAAAAAGGAGCAUUCCCAAAGACGUGGGGGUUCUUCAUGAGUGAUUUGAUACGCGGAAUGAUUAUGGAUAUGAUGUGGCCGGAAAUCAAGAGUGCUAUUGAAGAUUUAACAUAUGGAAAGGGAUUAAAGUUGAGCAAAUUCUGCGGUAUCGAUCCGAAUAAUGUGGUGAUUGAUAUAGCCGAAGGAAGUUUCUCCCUCUCUACUCGCCUCGUUUUACCAAUGUUCCAGUCAGAAGCUUGUCUAAAAGACCUCAAAAGCUCGAUUCCAAACACAUCAAAACUCCUUCAGAAGACGACGCCUUCCCCAUUCUCCAGACGCCGUCGAAGCCUUCUAGACUUCUUUUAA